AUUUGCGACAGGAUUUACGUCGUUCUCGUAAUUACGAAUAAUUGAAUCGUUCUUUUCGCCGUGCACUUGCAAUUUUAUAUAUCAAUCGAUUACUAAGAUCGAGAUUUACAAGUUGUGAUAUGCGGGAAAACGCGAUAUCGUCGUGUACGUGAGAUAUACGUGAAAAUAAAACGAACGUUUAGGACGAACACGCGAUCUGUGACGUCAUUUCUUUUCCAACGGGUUUACGAGCAUUAUUUUCGCGAAAUCGUGAUAAAUUUGACGUCUGAAAGUUGUUCACUGUGUUGUGUAGUGCAAACGAGUUAGUUUCGUGACGAGACGUUUCGUAAUUAUUACGAUAAUCAGUCUCGUUUUAUGUUACGUGAUAUGGAAGCACGGUGGAGUGAGUGAGAUGGAUGACGAGUGGACAAAGGAUGGAGAUAACGUGUGUGAGAGAGAGAGAGAGAGAGAGAGAGAGAGAGAGAGAGAGAGAGAGAGAGAGAGAGAGAGAGAGAGAGAAGAGAGAAAACGAACGAGGACCGGCCAUACUUUUUUCUCGGGCGGUAAUGUAGUUUACGAGUACGUCGGUAAUGAGGCAGUUCGUGUCACUGAAUUUUCCGAGUGUUGCUAAACUCAAGGAAGCUGGAGGUUUUAAAGGAUUCGAGAGAGUUGAUUAACUAAUCUGAAGACAGCUAUCAUAGUGAGAAGGAGAAGCUGCCAUAACCAUGUGAUUUAUCGUCUUACGUGCCCGAACGAUCUCUCAGUCUACUUCUAUCAUCGUUUCACGUGCGAUCGCAGACACAUCCCUCAGUUCAACCCCUUUCUCGUUGUGGAAGGAAGCAGUUGAUUUAAGAUCAUCCUGAGAUUGCUCCUUCCAAAGAAAUAACGAUCGAGAAAGAGGGCUGACACGUUUCUGCUUAUCCGACACUGCCAAAGGGAAGAAUGAUGCCUUAAGAGUUCGUGCAAGAAAAAAAAAGGAAGGAAAGGGUAGGAAUAAGAAGAAGCAUCAACGUUGGCAUCAGCAACGAAAAAAAAGUAAGAAGAAAAAGAAGAAGAAGGAGGAGGAGGAGGAGGAGGAGGAGGAGGAGGAGGAGGAGGAGGAGGAAGAGGAGGAGGAGGAGGGAAACAUUGUCGGCAAACAAGAGAGCAACCAGUUGCCGAUAAGGGAAGAAACCACAAGGAAGAGUCGAGUAAAAGAGAAACUACGACUACGACCACUACGACUACUACGACGACUACGAAGAGUACGAGUACGACGACGACGACAACGACGACGACGACGACGACGACGACGACGAAGAAGAGGAAGAAGAGGAAGAAGAGGGGUGAGGAGAAAGAAGGAGGGAGUCGUUUCGUGUGGAGAACUUAGGGGGGGUCUCGGUUAUGCCACUGGCGUCGCUUCAGGUGGACGCCGGCAAAUGCUGUCAUGCUCCUGCCAUGCCAACCGGCGGCCAAAGAAAGGCCGCUGGUCACGCUGAGUACGAUUGGACGAAGUACGAGAGGAAAGUUUGCCAAUCGACUUGCCGAACGAUUUCUUUUCCUUCUAUUCUUAAUCCUACUUUUCUCAGCGGGCAACGAGAGGAUUCGUGCAAACGCUGCCACACGUUACGCAUCCAGAAUCGUCGAAACGAAAAGUGGACAAAUACGUGGUAUACUUCAGGAAUUUAACAGCAAACACUUGGAUCCAGUUGAAGUGUUUCGUGGGAUUCCAUACGCUGCACCACCAAUCGGAGAUCUAAGAUUUCGUGCACCAAUUUCACCAAUACCUUGGAACGGUGUGAAAUUGGCAGAAACUUAUGGUGCCGUUUGUCCCCAGAAUCAUCCAGACAUCGGCAACGAAACUGCUGCACUGUUGCAAAUGCCCCUUGGCAGAUAUCAGCAAUUGAAGCGUUUACUUGCAUUUUUGACCAAUCAGAGCGAGGACUGUCUCUUUCUGAAUUUGUAUAUACCUGGAAGCGGAUCGCUUGGUUUGGAAGCACCCUAUGCAGUUAUGGUUUAUGUGCACGGUGAAAGUUUCGAAUGGGGUUCAGGCAAUAUAUAUGAUGGAUCUGUAUUGGCUAGCGCCGGUCAUGUCAUAGUCAUUACGCUUAACUAUCGUUUAGGAAUAUUAGGAUUUCUUAGAACUCGUCCUUAUCCAGACAGAACGACAGGAUCAGGUGGAAACUUAGCAUUAAAGGACAUAGCAAUGGCUUUACGUUGGGUUCGUGAAAAUAUCGCUGCCUUUGGUGGUGACCCAACAAGAAUCACUUUAAUGGGCCAUGACACUGGUGCUGCCCUCGUCAAUCUUUUACUUCUUGCUCCUUAUGGUAAAGGUCUCUUUCAUCGCGUGGUAUUGUCGAGUGGCUCGGCUUUGAGCCCAUGGGCUUCCGUACACGAUCCAAACGAUCUAAGGAUCAAAGUUGCUGAACAAAUAGGUUGCCCUGCUGAGAACGACGAAGAUAUUGCUGAUUGUCUUCGAGGAGUAUCGUUGCAAGCUUUGAUGACUGUCGAGCUUCCUGAGAUCAGAUUCGUGCCCCGGAUAGGACCGGGUUUGCCCGUGGACCAAAACAAUCCUGAUCCAGGUCUCGACAUGGAAAGAGCCAGUGAUGCCUUUAUAAAGGUACCCUUGAUCCUAGGAGUAUCCAGUACAGAAUCCAAUCUCGACUUCAACGCGAAUGAUAUUCAGUAUGGCUUCGAGGAGGAUCAUAGAAAUCGGAUCUUACGUACCUUCAUUCGUAAUGCUUACGUUUAUCAUCUGAACGAGAUCUUUUCGGCAGUCAGGAACGAAUAUACAGAUUGGGACAAGCCAGUUCUACAUCCUAUUAUAAUACGUGAUUCGACGAUGGAAGCUCUUAGCGAUGGUCACACAGUGGCACCACUUAUGAGGAUUGCAUUUUAUCAUGCCAGAAGAGGAGCCAAGACUUAUUUUUAUCACUUCGAUUAUCAGACCAAGGACAGCGGUCAUCUCAAGCGUUUGGGUAGUGUACGUGGAGAGGACAUUCCAUAUAUUUUUGGAUUACCAUUGGUAGUAGGUGGUACUUUCUUCCCUCGUAAUUAUUCUCGACAAGAUCAGGGUGUCGCUGAAGCCGUCCUCACGUUUUUCACGAAUUUCGCAAAAACUGGAAACCCCAACGAGCCGCAUAAAAUCGAAUCCGUUGAUUAUGGUACACCUAAAGAGAAAACACGUUUUCGAGGUCUAACGUGGGAACAAUACGAGACUAGUACUCAAAAAUAUUUAACGAUAGCUUUGAAACCUAAGAUGAAGAGUCAUUAUCGUGGUCACAAAAUGGCUGUUUGGCUAAAUCUUAUUCCACAACUUCAUAGACCAGGUGACGAUGACGUUUCUAUGAGACAUCAUCAUUUUCGUGAAAGAGAAGAACACUAUUAUGCAGGUCCUGUUAGAGACGAAUGGUAUACGCCACUUCCUUUAACGGGCACAACAAAAAGUAGUGGAGGUUCUUCGACAACAGCUUGCAGUACGUCAACAGGUGACGAGACAGUAGGCGAAAAUAUUACACCAAUAUUAGAAGAAUCCGAAGAUGAUGCUGAAUUGCUUCAAAGAUUAGCCGCCUCUCGUCAUUAUUAUAGUACAACAACUGCAUUAGCUAUCACUGUUGGUGUUGGAUUGAUUCUACUCAUUUUAAACAUGCUCAUAUUCGCUGGUAUUUAUUAUCAACGUGAUCGUGACAAAAAGAGAGCUGCUAUGAAUUGUGCAUCGAAUGGACAAGAAUCUUUACCAAUGACCACAAGACCUGUCGCGAUAAAAACUACAGAAAAUACAAGUAGACCUAGUCAAGAGCCACCUCCAUCUUACACGACUCUAGCCAGAAGUCCUUCCGUUCAAGAGCAGCAACAACAACAGCAGCAACAGCAACAACAAUCAUCUCAUGGACAACAACAAGCAAUGAACGAAGACGGACAAAUGAAAGUAGACAACAAAACGGGACAACAGCAUCAACAACAGCAACAGCAACAGCAACAACAACAUGUUUCUGGUAAUGCUGUUCAUAAAGAUCCUAUACCACCAAAACCACCUGUCAGGACUACUAGUUCUCUCAGUACCACAUCUGGUAAUACGAAUACCAUUAAAAAACGAGUUCAGAUACAAGAGAUAUCUGUAUAGCAUUAGGGGUUGCCGCCAGAGGGCGGCACCAUCAAAUCAAAGAGGGUGACUUUCGUCGACUGUGAGACUACAACUCAGUCUAGAUUCUAAAAAAGAAAAAAAAAUAAUUACACACAAAAAUCAAACUAACGUCGGAUUAAAAAGAAAAAAGAACAACUGGUAUUGCCUUUUGAACACAUGGACAUCAAUUAAUCAAUCAAUAAAUCAAUCAAUCAAUUAAUCAAUCAAUCAAUCAAUCAUGAUUAUCUCUAGAAAAAAGAUAACGAAAGGAAAGAUCGUUUCGUAUCUUUCAGGACUGUGUUCUAAGAGUGUUCUUCUUUCGUUAAGGAUAACAAGGUGCAAGGAUGAAAAUCUGUAUGUAUGUAUGUAUGUAUGUAUGUAUGAAUGAAUUAUGUAAGUAUGUAUGCAUGAGAGAAAGAGAGAGAGAGAAAUAGUUUUUGAAAAUCAGUACCUUCGUCCGCGUACUAUGCCAUAAGGUGUACAUUUUACAUUGAAGUUUACUUCUAAACCAAAGAAAAAAAAAAAGAGAAAAUGAAAAAAAAAAAUAAUAAUAAUAAUAAUGUGGAACUCAAGUGAAAGAUUUGA